CCGUCUGUAGCGACGGAGAUGGCGGCGACAGUGACGGAGGCUGCGGCCUCGAGCUCUGGAGAACCCCGAGAAGAGGCCGAAGCGCCCAGCCUCGCCUGGGAUGAGUCCCAACUGCGUAGUUAUAGCUUCCCGACCCGGCCCAUCCCGCGUCUGAGUCAGAGCGACCCCCGGGCGGAGGAGCUUAUCGAGAAUGAGGAGCCUGUGGUGCUGACAGACACAAAUCUUGUGUAUCCUGCCCUGAAAUGGGACCUUGAAUACCUGCAGGAGAACAUUGGGAACGGAGACUUCUCUGUGUACAGUGCCAGCACCCACAAGUUCUUGUACUAUGAUGAGAAGAAAAUGGCUAAUUUCCAGAACUUUAAGCCCAGGUCCAACAGGGAGGAAAUGAAAUUUCAUGAGUUUGUUGAGAAACUGCAGGAUAUACAGCAGCAAGGAGGAGAAGAGAGGUUGUAUCUGCAGCAAACACUCAAUGACACCGUGGGCAGGAAGAUUGUCAUGGACUUCUUGGGUUUUAACUGGAACUGGAUUAAUAAGCAACAGGGAAAGCGUGGCUGGGGACAGCUGACAUCCAACCUGCUGCUCAUCGGCAUGGAAGGAAAUGUGACACCUGCUCACUAUGAUGAGCAGCAGAACUUCUUUGCUCAGAUAAAAGGCUACAAGCGAUGCAUUUUAUUCCCUCCGGAUCAGUUUGAGUGCCUGUACCCAUAUCCUGUUCAUCACCCAUGUGACAGACAGAGCCAGGUGGACUUUGACAAUCCUGACUACGAGAGGUUCCCCAAUUUCCAGAACGUGGUUGGUUAUGAAACAGUGGUUGGCCCUGGUGAUGUUCUUUACAUCCCAAUGUACUGGUGGCAUCACAUAGAGUCAUUACUAAAUGGGGGGAUUACCAUCACUGUGAACUUCUGGUAUAAGGGGGCCCCCACCCCUAAGAGAAUUGAAUAUCCUCUCAAAGCCCAUCAGAAAGUGGCCAUAAUGAGAAACAUUGAGAAGAUGCUUGGAGAGGCCUUGGGGAACCCACAAGAGGUGGGGCCCUUGUUGAACACAAUGAUCAAGGGUCGAUACAACUAGCCUGCCAGGAGUCGAGGCCUCCUGCCAGGUGACUGCUAGCCCGUCCACACCGCUUCAUUGAUGAGGACAGGAGACUCCAAGCGCUAGUAUUGCACGCUGCACUUAAUGGACUGGACUCUUGCCAUGGCCCUGGAGGCAGGUGUUUGGGGCAAGGCAGGGUGGUUGGCGCUCCACUCCCAUUUGGAGGGACUUCUUGCCCUUGCCUCUGUGCCCCAGCAUCUUCCCUCUCUGCCGCCCCCCCCCCCCCCCCAAGGUCCUGCAUUCAGUGUGUGGAGUCCCAGCUUCUGGUUGUCAUCAUGUCUGUGUGUGUCAGUCUGUCACCCUCGGGAUGUGUGGGCGUGUGUGUGUAUGCACACGCAUGUAUGUAUCUGUUCCUUGCUUUCUCCUUCUGGGUCAGGAUGCCACUACUGGCUCUCAGUCCUGUCUCCUGCAGCCUCAGUGCCUCAGCCUGAGAGGGAGGAGAUGGUCUUGGACACCCACUACUGGGCUGCAGGGCCAGAGUUCUCCUGACCGUCAGGUCAGUCUGCCUCUUUCCAGUUUUCACAGAGUCAGGCUCUAGGCUGGGUGGGAAUGGUUACUGGGACUCUUAACGGGGAGAGUGAGAGGGAGGCUUGCCUCUGAGAGCCUAGAUAGCCUUCCUGUGAGAGAAUUAGACAGAUUUCCAACUUGGACCCUUAAGCUCAAGCCAUACAUAGAAAAGAGCCUUGGGACAUUAGAGCCAAGGAUUAUGCAUAAGUUCCAAAUUGCAGACACAUACAGCUUCUCUCUUUCAGCACCAGCUCUUGCUCCCUGUGCUGAGUGCCAAGGGAGUUAUCCUAGUAGUGGCUUCUCUAGGUUCUAGGGGUAUAAGCCUCUGUGUGGAUGUGUGUGUGAUAUGUGUGUCCGUGUGUGCGCGCACGCAUGCGUGUCCUUGUCCACACUGGCCUGCCUCUCUGCUUACUAAGUUUCUCCACUGCUUAACCUUGUCCAGUGGGACAUACAGUGUGAGCCCCAGGGAAGUACUGCCUGACCUAGCCUAAAGCUUUUAAACUCAGUUUUAGCCAUUGGACAUUGGUCAGGUCUCACUGCAACCUCCAGGUCCUGUGACCCUCCCAGCCCAGGCCACGUCCUCUACUCCUGCGGAGUUUCCUGGCCGAGUAAAUGAAAUGGGGUCAAGCUUAGGCAGCUAACUUACCACCUAUCAUCCACCUCAGGGCAAGGACAGAAAUACAGCCUUGCUUCUUAAAGCCAGCGCCUCUGCCAGACCCCACUAUAAUGUUCUACAAACACCCUUGAAAGUCAGGGCAACUGAUGAUGGAGCACAGAAGUGGAAUUUCUUUUCUUGUUCAUCAUUACUUGUGGGAACCCCUCUCAGGGCUGCAGCUUACAGCUGGGCACUGCACAACUCAAAGGGCCAUCAAUCACAUGAUUCAGGGGAACUGGGGCCACUGGAAUUGGGCAGUAUGGUGGCCCGGUGGCCCUGUGUCUCUUCACCUCCACUUCCAUCUCCAUGCCCCUUCUCUCUGGAAGGAAAGAGGAGUUGGAAAACUCUGGGUUUUUUUCCUUUUUUUUUUUUUUUUUUUUUUUUGCCAAAGGUUUACUUUCAGCAUCUGAGCUGUGGCUCUAACCCCCAAAGCUCAGUUUACAGUUAACAGCGCACUGAUGGACUGAGGAUGUAUGUGUAUGCAUGUGUGCACCUGUGUGUGUAUUUUGGGUAGGGGUGUUUAUUUUUAGUACCCCAUUCUGGGGUUCUCUUAUGCAGCGUGGGUGUGCAAACACGGUACCUUCUCAAGUGUAGUUCUUUCAAAUAUAGCCAAUGCUGGAAAAUGUGAUUGCAAUGAUCUGCAUCCCUCCAUCUCUUGGGAAAGAGGAGCGCAGCAAAGAAAACAAGGCAGACAGAGGAUAAACUUGACCACAAUCAAACUUUGAAAGAUAGCAGAUUACUCUUGUUCUCCUUAGCGGGUCUGUUGCGUUCCUAGCUCAGCCCUCAAAGAUGUGGAUGAUGUGCAGCAGAAAGGCAUGUGUCACUCAGCUGAUCCUGGCUGGAUGCUGUGCUGACACAGAUCUGACCUAAGGCGACCAAGGGGGAGGGUCCUUUACAGGAUUGGUCCUGACCCUUGGGUAAUAUAAUAGUGAACCUGAUUAUUAGACACUAUCUGCCUAGUGCUUUUAUCUUUAUUCCUCACUAUCCUGCAAGGUAGGUAUUUUCAUUUCACCGCUAAAGAAACGGGCUCAGAGAGGUUUCAGUAACUAGUGGCAAUCAAGAUAUGAACCUCGUGUUAAUUGGACUGCAAACCCCCUGCUGCUCCCUUUCCAGCAAACUGUUGAUUCUCCUACCUUGCCACCUCCCUUGUACUACAGGCCGUCCUCAGAUCUCACCCCACUGGGCAGUGCCCAAGAAGGUGCACAAGAUACAGCUCAGGGUAAAAGCUCUUUUGGGCUCCAGCUAAAGACCUCUUGGGAAAACUACCGGGAAGCCCUGUUCUGAGUGAAGAGUGCUGGAAGGAGUUGUGGGGACAUGGAGUUCUAGAUCUCAGUGCAUUAUUUGUGCUUGAGUAGGUAUCAUAAGUUUUCCCAGCUUGCUUCUGCACCUAAAGAUUGAAGAUUCAGUCUCGAUGAUAACUAAGAACAUUGAUUCAUGUUCUCCUGCCUCCCUUUCCCCCAAGUGAGAGAUCUAGCCUCCUCCCUUCCCUUAGGAUUAAGUUAGGGCUGUUUAGGCUCAAAUUCUCCUUGUGGCUAAGAAACAUAUCUGCUCUGUAGCUUACUCUUAUGCUAACCAGCAGCGUGGAGGCAGACACACCAAGGGAAGGUGGGGCUUUGGACCUGAAUGGAGGUCAGCCAUAUUACAGGCUCCCAUUUUUACAUCAGCAGGUACAUGGGAAACUACUCUUUUGUGAAGUCAAAUAUUUGUUGGGGGGUUGGAGUUUGGGGGAGGGAGGAGGGGCUGUUCUGGGCAUCAGUUGAGCAGAUGCCCAGGAUGCCUGGGGGAGACCAGCUUCCCCUACAAAUCAGAGCUCUAAAUUACAAGGUUUUUACCAACGCGAACAGUUGGGGGAAGUCGUCUGCUCUCAUUUGCGUAAUGGUUUCUGUCACUGGUGAUUAGACACAGGAUGAAGGAAAAGAAAUUUGACAAUUAGGAAUGAGCGAUCAUUAAUCUGAAUCUGUUAGGAGACAGAGAGGGGAAGGAUCCUUAUCAAUGGGCCUGCCCAGUGUGGGGAGACCCUCCCUCUGCCCCCACCAGAGACUCUUGGGCCACAUACCCUUCCAUUGUUCCCACAAGCAGGCUGAGCCAUUGAUGUUUCUUAACAAAGCCUAGGUAGUCCCAGUCCCCAGCCUGAGGUGGAUACAGUAAUGGGCGGGUCUUAGGCAUGAGCCAUCAAAGAGAGAUGGGUGUCAAAUGCAAGUAAUAGGGCAAAGAAUAGCAAUGGAAAAGAUUUGCCAUGUUUGCUCUUUGUGGAAAAAUUCUUCUAACACUCCAGAUACCCCACCUGUGACAAGUGUCUGUUACAUUCCUACACUGCAGCGUGUGGAGAAGACCUGGUUUUUAUCCUCUAGGAGCUUCUACGUAGUUGGAGAAGAAACCACACGAAACAGCCAGAGGUUAUGAAGCCAUGAAUCUUGCACCUUUUGAGGACAAGAUGAGAGAUUGUUGAGAGAGGAGGAAGAUCAGUAGAGAGCAAGCUCUGCCCCCAGGCUCCUCUGAGUCCCUGGGCUACCCAGGGAGGGACCCUUCACUCCAGGUCUCCCAGCAAUGUUGGUUUUUCCCAGUCGGUGCCGCCGCAGUGUAGUAGCUGCUGAAGAGCACUGAGGCCCCACCCAGGCAUGUGCGCAGGUGAUGAGAUUACUUCUAGUGGGCUGAGUCCUGAGGUGUGGAGAGUCCCAACUUGGAUCUUCGCAGGUCUCUGUGGCACGUCAGUGCGCAUUCUUCCUCUGUCUUCGCACUUUAAGGAUUAUAUUAAUUUGCACUAGUUGGUAUUUGUUCCUCAGUUUUGUGACUUGUGUGUGGUGGGUUCUUUAGACACGGACGGUUCUUUGUCUCCUCUCAGAAUGUGGACUUCCCACAGACAGGACUGUGUCUCUCCCUUGGUAAACUCCCUGCCUCUGAGGCUUCUGCCUUCUUAGAUUGGCUGCAGAGUUUAGUAGGAUGAUGGGGAAUAGCCCUCAGUGACUAGUUUUACCCAAACAGGGUGGAUGCUGGACAUGGCUCUUGGGGUUCCAGAAGCCCUGGCCUCUCAGCCCUGUUCUUGUCGUCCUCUGGAACCUUCAGUGCUCAUCCUCCAGUCCCUGCCGACUUCUCUGGUGUCCUCUCAAGCUUCCUGCAUUGAAGAGAUACUCCAGCUUCCCUUUUCAGGGCUCCCCCAGUUUCUCCCUCUCCCACUCAGCUUUCCUCUCUCCAAUCUCUCCCUCAGCCAAGGGCCUUUUUCCCAAAUGGUUGCCCUUUCUUCAGCAGCCCCAGGCUGCAAGUGUUUGGAUAGACUUUCUCUAGGAUCUCUCCCCCUGGGCUUAGCCCUGAGCAUCUUUGAGUUAUCUUCCUUUUUCGACCUGCGGUUAAUUUGUUCUGUGUCUGCUCUGCUCUUUUAGUAUUCCUUUGUUAAUUCUGUGUGGCCUGUUUAGCUUUUCUAACUCUGGUGACCCUUCUGCAAGUCUUCAGCCAUCUCUGUUUAAUCCUCACAGGUCUUGGGGUCCUCAGUGGAGCCAGGCUGAGCACUUUUGGCAUGUUUCUAGGUGACAGGGCCUUAGACCCUGGCAUCAUUGAGGCCCAGGGACCAAUGGUCCGUGGGGCCUCCAGAGGUGGGUGAGGGGAAGGUACCUAAAGUCUUGGACAGUGGAGAGCCAGUGAGGCGAGAUUGACUAGGAGAAUCCCGGGAGUGGGGCCAGGCCUGGCAAGCCAGGAUAAAAGAAACAAUUUUGUGUUUCCGUUUAAAUGCGUCUGUGUGCCUUAUGGUCCAGUAAGCAGUUCAGGGAUGGUGGGUAUCUUGUGAAUAUCUCCUGGUUUCUCUCAGGUGUCUUUGGCAAUGCUCCAAGUCACCAAGUUUGGCUGAUGUCUGCACUCCAGCAUUUGCUGGAAGGGAAACAGCAUAUUGGGUAGUUUUAUGUAAGGAUCAGAGGUCUUAGAUGAGAAAAGCUGUGGAAGCUGGGGUAACAGGCGAGAGGGACUCGUUGGUCAGCUUACCCGGGCUGUCUUUGCUCCUCCAAGUGUUUAAGUACAAAAGCUGAUUAAAGAAGUAAAAAAAUGAGGCCUUGCCUUCUUCCCCACCUGAAGUCUGGGUUCCAGGUAGUAUUUGGGGGAAGAAGUAUAUGUCCUUUAACUUCCAUUGAGAAACAGUCUAGCAUAGUGUUUUGCAGCAUGGAUUUUGGAGUCAGAUGUCUUUGGUUCAGAUUUGUAGCUUUGCUACUUACCAGCUGGUUUGACCUUGUUGAUUGACUUCUCCUUUCUGAGCCUCAGUGUUCUCAAUUCUAAUAUGUAUUGGGUGAGGGGUAGUGUUGAAAAUAUCUACCUCAGGGUUGUUGGAUUAACUGAAACAAUGUAAAACUUUAGCACAGUGCCUGGCAAGCACUUAAUAAAUGGUUGUGGUGGAGGUGGUUACAUUUAUUAUGUGACUUAUUCAGAAACUUGAUUUCUGUGAUUUUUGAGAUUUCCAGUGAUUUCUUUUCUCUCAAGAAAACCGUAGGUAAAAACAAGGAAAAUGCCCUGGAGACACCCAUACUGAGUUGGGGGCAGACAAAAAGGCCUUGGGUACCUAAACCUGUCCUAGAGGGAGGGAAAUAGGAAAUUGAUGCCUUCUGCCUGGUCAGCCAGACUUUACCACACUCCAUGCCAGCCCAGGGUGAGGGUGAGAAACCAUCAGGUAUGAGCUUUCCUUACACCAUUUGAGGGGUGAGGGCAGCUGAAUGGGUUCCCAUUACCCCUGGAGAAGCUAUGCCAACUUCACGUCAUGAGACACCAAGGCCGUCAAGUCGGGCCCCAUUCAUUCAAUUUUAUUCCGUGACCUUCAACAUAUUUAAGUUAUAUGUGUGUUAAGAGGUUCUGGGGCAGAAGGGUAGUGAGAUACUGAGAAGAGAAUCCAGAAAAAUAUCAGACUGGAAUCUUAAUAGCUACCAUUUGCAGAGUACCCUGGAGCAUUUCUGUUCUGGACCCAUGUGCUCUCAGUUUGAUGGGGACACCAAGCAGGCUGUUAGCAUUACGAAUGCUCAACGGAGAAGCUGGGUGUUCACGGUAGGCUUCCUCCAGGAAGUAACAGUCUAAGCUGAUAGCUGGUAGAUAACCAGGGGCUGGGGAGUAGUGAAGAGCAUACAUUUCUCCUCUGGCUUCUUUCCCAGUUCCCAAACACUCUGCUCCUCUGUGUUUAAGGGUUCUGUUAAUAACUCCUAGGAAGGAACCAGGUGAUGGACCCCAAAAGAAGAAAACCCUUUGGUUAGCCAUAGAAAUCUUUGGAAAUCAUUUUGGUUGCUGGCCCAGGUUUGUCCUGGUAUGCAGAUGGAUUGUUCCUUUGUAGCCUUUCCACUGUCCUCUUUCUCAGAAGUCUGUCUGCAUUCUGGCCUCUGGAGCCACUCUGCCACCCUCGUUGGAAGAGAUUCUGGGUACAGUUACUCAGACAUCAGCCUGAUAAAUAUUCUGGCUGCCUGGAAUUCUCAGCCUCUUCCACACUGAGAUCCUUCUGAUCUUAGGUCUGCCCCCACCUCCAGACACUCCCCUCCUCCCCACUAUGAGCUGAGCCAAGCCUCUCUGCCGUGCCCCUCUGUAGCCACACACAUUCUCUUGCCCCUGACCUUGGUCCCCAGCCUCAUGGGGGAAGAAGACCCCUCUCUAGCUUGUGCCAAGACAUUUCUGGACUAUAGGCCAGCCUGUAGUCACCUUGUAGUCACCUCAUUGCUUCUAGAUUUCUUUGGCUCUGGGCCUUGGAAGCCUUCUCCUUGGCCCCAGAAAAUGUUGCUGUGUUAUAUUCAGUUUGCUUAAAACCUACUCGGUCAUUGAGGUCAGUUCUGCCCUUAAGGGAAGCUCUGCUCCUUAACCCAAAAUCUAAGCUAUAUUUAGGCUAGGUUUUUACUAUCUUUCCAGUAUGUAGCAUAUAGUGCAACAUAGGGUAGUGGUUGAGAAUGAGGGUUUUGCAUACCUGGCUUUGAAUCCUAGAUCUGUCAUUCUGUAUGACCUUGGGCAAAUGACAAACUGCUUGUAACUCCUUCAUAUGUAUGGGGAUAAAAUAACCUACCUUGUCAGGGCUCUGUGAAAGAAGGUUUGUAAAGAAAGUCUUAGCAGAGUGACGGUUCCAUAGCAAGGCCCAGCCCUUCUGUCCUUCAAAGCUUUUACCUCUCUUCCCCAUCUAGCUUUCCAGUCAAGGUCCUGCUUCUAGUCUCAGGGCAAAUCUAGUUGUUGAUUUGUGAGCACAACAGAGCAGAGGUAUGAGCAUAAACUUUCCCACUCAUUACCUGUCUCUACCCCUUUCAGUGACCUGAUUCACAAGGACCCUAUCAUACCACCGUCACUGGGGAAUGAUCUUCCAAAAUCUCUUUUCUAUAAUACUAAAAAUGCCCAAAACACAAUGUCAGUGACAGUAGAAAACAUCAGAACUGCUACCAAGAGGGGAGGAGUCACUGAAGAUGUGUGCAGGCUAGCAGCAAAACGGGCAGGAACGUGGGAGAGAUGGAGGUUGGGGCAGAGGCCGCCAUACUAGUCUAGAGCCAGCAGGACCAUGGGCCUAAGAAGAUUCCCUCUUAAGUUUUCAAAUAGUGAGCUUUUGACGGUUUGAGCAAAAUCCUACCCACUUUACUGUCACUGUGGCCAUUGUUUUCACAAGGGUUUGUGUGAUGUCUUGGUAAGAGUAGAGGUAUUAGAUGUGCCUCCUGGGUUUGAAAUCCCUGUUUGCUGCUUCCUGACUCUGUCCUUAGGUGAGUUUAAGAGCUCUUGGUCUUAGCCACUUCACCUGUGGGAAAUAGGUGGGAAAUAGCACAUGGCUUGCAUUGUUUUUUAAGUGUAUGUGGGAAUGUUUUAAAAAUAGUUUAGUGUGGGUACGUAGGAGAUGGUUUAUUGCGAAGACCCAAGCGUCUGUGAAUAGUGUUCAGUCAGUGCUUGGGGAGAAGGAAACUGCUGGCGGCAGGGCUUUUUGGAUCCUACUUUCUCAAGAUACAGUGCUCAAAGCAGAAUCUCAGAAGAGAUGGCUUGGUGGGGGAACAAAAUGGAAUAGAUCAUAAGGCUUUGUAAGAGCCUGAAUGUCUGUGAAAGGCAGGGCUGGGGACAAAGAUGGUUUUGCCAGGAUGGGGUGUUGAGGAACAGAAGCAAAGACCUGGGCUCUACUUUACCACCUAAUCCCCAGAAGAACAAAGGACAUGGGGCAGGGGAGUGUCUGUGGAGAACACUGGCUGAGUGGAACGAACACAAGGUUCAGGGACAGUGAAUCUAUGUGUGAAUCUUAGGUGUACUUUUCACAGACUGCGUGACUUUGGGCAUGUUGGUCGCUAAGCUUCAGUCCCCUCAUCUUUAAAAUUGACUAAUAACUGCUACUACGUCGCUUACAGGAUAGAUGGGACAGUAUAUGUGUAAAUGCUGUCUAAACCGAGCACUAUUCUAUUCAUUGUUGGGGUGAGGAUUUAGGAGAGCUUUUCCAGAGUGGAUGGGUUACAGAAUUGGAAGAGUUCCAGAUUAGAGGCCCCCCCGCCAUGUCCAGCGGAAAUGGUAAGGCAGAGUUUCCCACCAGGACAUUGUUCUUUUAUUCUGCCAGCAUUUGACUGGGAAGGGUUUUGACUGAAGAAGGAAAAGCAGUGUGGUGAGAAAGGGCAAGUUUUGGAGUUGCAUGGACUAGGUUUGAAUCUUGGUUUCACCAUUCCCGAUACUGAGAUGGUCAGAUCACUUACCAUAUCUGAGCUUUGGUUUCUUUAACAGGCCCCUUCAUGUGGUUAUUGGGAACAAAUGAAACAGCUCACUGUCCAGUGCCUACCUAGUUAAGGGCCCAGGAAAAGUUCAUUCCCUUUCUUUCAUUUCUUUUCCCCUUAGGAAGCAUCCAGUUUACCCAGCAUAAAAGGUCUUGGUUAUUUAUGCCUUAUGAACAAGUAAUACCAGAUUUUCUCUUCUUUUCUAGGGUGAGAUUUGUUGCCUUGAAGAAGUGUGAGUGGGGGAGAAUUGAGAAAGGGGCAGAACUCCACAAUAUUGAGGAUGGAGUAGGGAUACUCUGGUUAUCUGGUCAGCAUAGGGGUGGGUGAACAAAGGGUGGUAGUGAGAGGUGAGAAUUUCAAGAAGGGUGCUCCGUGCUAGAGGGAAAGCCAGUUGAGCAAGGGCUUUGGAGUGGAGUAUGGAAUGGAGGACAGAUAGUGAACUAAGGGCGAGAACACCAGAGUUCUGCCAGGAGAACCUUAGGAAUUGUGACUAAAAGUCAAAGUUGUGAAGAAGCCUUGCAUUUAGCCAGCUAUCAUUGUAAUACCUGUAAGGGUUGUGAUCCUCCUAGAAAGGAAGAAUAUAAAAGGAAAGCAGGACUCCUCAAGAUGGAAAGACUUUUUUUGUUGUUUUUUUAAGUAAUCUUUAUGCCCAGUGUGGGCUCAGACUCACGACCCAGAGAUCAAGAGUCGCAUGCUGUACCAACUGAGCUAGCCAGGUGCCCCAAGAUGGAAAGACUUUUAAAGUGUUUUCAGAGCCAAGGAUACAAUCACCCAAUGAGGGCUUAUGGUAGCCCAUUUCAGGUUCUAGACUUAGAAAAUGUAGUUAGGUACUGAAGAGCAUCAAACCCAGGGAUCUGAGCUGGGUAACCACCUCUGUAAGAAAUGGAGGUCCUUCAGGCUUUCAGAGGCUGCAAGUAGGACUUUCUGGGUCCCUUAGAAUCCAGUCACUGGUCCAACCAAUGUUUCUGGUGGUUUUACACCUUCAGCCAUCUGAGAAGGCAACCUAUACAGGGCAGCAUCAGUUGCUUCCUUGAGAGGUCUGUAUCUUUUAAUGCUGGAGGUCUUAGAAAGAAGGACGGAUGUGUUUAAGAACAUGAGAGCCACGGCAUUACUACAUUUGCUUUAAGGAACCAUACGCCUUUUGUAUUUUCAGUCCUUGACGUGGAAGAGAGUUUGCCCUCUCGGUUUAAUAGGUUUACCUUUUACCUAUUAAAGAGUGUUGAGUAAUUUAUUUAGACUUGAAUUUUAUGUUGAAAUCUUCCUAAGUGUCUAUACAGUUCUGGAACAUUUUAAAUUAUUUAAGAUUUGCUGUAUUUAUAAACAUAAUUUAUUGGCGAUAUAAUAAGUAUUUGGGAAGGUUUACUUCAGUCAGAUAAAUGAAGUACUUGAGGAAAUCAAAUACAUAACCUUCCAUUAAAUCAAACUCCUUUGUUUUAUAAACAAAAUAAUGACGUUUGUAAGCUGAACUUAAGAGCUUAGACAAAGAAUUGGGAUUUUGAAUAUGUAACUUUGAAAACUGAAUAUAGCUUUUAAAAAUAAUUUCUUGUUAAUUAUUUCUGUACACAAAGUCACCCUUGUGGAUAUCAAAAAACUCAGGGAACGUAGUAUUACCACAAAGCCAAGUCUUUAGUCUCUCCAAGUAUCAGGCAACUGGAAGCAGUUAAGAUGGCCAGCAUGGGUCAGAUCAGAGCUACAGACAUGUUUUUGAAAGCUUUUUAAAUUCUUUGGCAACAUUUAAGAUAAACUUUCAUCUAAAAAGCCAGAUUUUGGUUUCUCUGGAAAAUCGGACAAUCUGACAAUAAAAUUACAUUUUCUAUAUGACAGCAAUUGGCUAGAGCUGAGUAGCUGCCACCCGUUGCAGGGUGGGCAGUGUUCCAGUUUGCUGUAGUCACUGCUUCUCAUUUCAGUACCUUAUUCCUGGUUUGUUUCAUUUCUGUGCCCUUUCUGGCCCACAAAGAGUUUUGUUGUGUGACUGGUGAACUAGAGGCUCUGAGGUUCCUAACAACUAAUGUAUAGCCUGGGGUAAGGGCUCAGGAAAAAUGUAGGCUCUACCCUUUUCUCUAUCCUCAGUGUCUGCACUCCAGAUCGGCUGUCUUCCCAUCUGACUUAGCCCCAGGACGGGGUCCAUCCCCUACAGGAAAUAUGUAAGAACUUCCCGCAUUCAGACUUCUCUAUGUUUGCUGCUCUUUUCUGUGACCAGACCAGUUCCAGGUCUUUUCUUGCCCAGACAGUUCGCCUAGGCUCUCACCUCAUGUCUCAAUUCCUGUGAACUUCUGAUGAUUACCUUUAUAAUUUGACCACAGCCUCACUUUGUUGUGUGAGGGCCACCAGGCCUCUGCUUUAGAUUAUAUUUGCUCUCUCUGGCCUGGUUGUGAAUCUUCUUAGACCCCAUCUCCACCAUCACUGCUCACUGGGCAGUGUGGUUACACAGCAGAGGGGUGGAAGAUUGCUAAAGGUUCAGGAAACAUAGGAGGUGAGGUUGGAAGUGUGUGGAUUUUCCAGAGAAGGAGGCAGAGGCCAACCACAGUUUAGGGAGGCAGCUAACACAAGGCUUUUUAGGGGAGGGAGAUCACUGCACAUACUUGAAGGCAGAGGAGAGACAGUAGGAGAGAAUUUAAGUGUGAGAAUAAGGUAUCAGAGAAGACAUGGGGUGAUAGGAUAGGAAAUGCAGUAGUUGCUUACACUCAGAGAUCCUGAAGCUCAGAAAUAUCUGCAGAAGCAAGAGAUGCAGGAGGGAGCACCACCGGCAGUCUAUAAUCCCCUAACAUUCUAGUUAAAUAAAUGACACUAUAUACUUUGGAAAGGGGCAUGGUUAUGAUGUGGGGUCCUGGCCUGGGGUGAGAGAAAUUUCCAGCAGUGCAGCCAAUAUCUCACGAUAUCUGUAGACGUAGUAGAAACAUCUGAACCAAAUGGUCAUGUUGCUUGGUGAAAAGCCAGACCCAGUGAGGGUUGAUUAAUGGAUUCAUGUCAUCCUAGACCAGAGGGAAGUCUCCAGCAGAAUGCUGUAGGGCUCAGUCUGGGCCUGUGUCCUGUCUGACAUUUUUAUUGACAACUGACCAAGGUAGCAGGCUCAUCAAGUUUGCAGGUGAUCGAGCUAGGAGGGGCAGCUAAUACUUUGCAUGAAAGAGUCAGGAUUCAAAAUGAUUUCAACAGGCUGGAACACUGGGCUGGAACCAACAAGAUUAAAUUUAACAGGGAUAAAUGUAGAGUCCUGCACUUAGGUUAAAACAAAAAUCAAUGACAUAAGUACCGGGUGAGGGGCAGGCCCAGGCUUGACAGCAGUUCAUGAAGAAAAGACCUGGGGGGUUUAGUUGACUGCAAGCUCAAUAUGAGUCAACCAUGUGAUGUGACUGCUAAAACCUCUAAUACAAUCACGAAUUGCAUUAACCAAAAAGCAGCCAGAUCAAGGGAGGCCGUUACCCCGCUGCUUUCUCAGAUUGUCAGGCCAUCUCUGGAAUACUGGGUCCAACUCUGUGGUUCUUUUUUUUAAAGGUCAGUGACAACUGGGAAUAUUUUGACAAGCAGCCAGCGUGGCAACGGACCUGAUUACUGCCAGAAACUUGCUAGAAACUAUGGUGCCGAGGUUCUGGGAUGAGGGCAGAGAUGUAUAAUCUGACCCCAGUAAACACAGUUGAAUCUGGAGUACUUUUGGAGGUUGGGAGAAAAUCUGAGAGUGGUCUCCUUUUUUCCACUUCCUGCGGGUGCGCAGAAUCAUUGGCCUGUGAAUCUCAUCCCAGGCCUUUCUGAAGUCGGAGGACUAAGGGUUACUUAGAAUGGGUCUAGAAUGGGGAUCAGUGUGGGAGUAAGUAGAGAACGGGUUAGUAAAGUAGGAAGGAACCUGCACAUGCGUACCUGGAACACCACUUUUCCUUCGUUCCCCCCCCCCCCCCCAGGAUGUGCAGUCCCCACUUUGGUCACAACGUGGCGCCCUCGCUCCACACGCAUCCUGAGCCAAUGGUGGGCACAGAGUGGGCCUCCUGGCUGCAGCUGCAUUUCCCGCACUCCCCACUGUGGGGAGCCCGCGGGGCUGCUCCACUUGGUCACGGUUGGCCAGGGACUUGUGUGUGGCAAGAAGACAACUGAGGUGUGGAAAAGCUUGCCCACGGCACAAACACACAUGGAUCCAGAUGUGGCUCCUGUUAGGACCAUGUAUUCUGACCUGAGCUACUCUGCACAUGGCCUCUUGUCUGCCCUAGCGUGGAGCCCACAGUGCAGAGGGCUACUCCUAUGGCAGGAGGGAUUCUGGGGCACCAAGAGCUCCGUCGUUGUGGGGUCAGGGAUGAGCCUGAAUCCCCUUACAGUGACUGGCUGUCUUACUGCCACCAACUUACCUAAGCUCUGUAUGUCAUGGGUUCUUUAACUGAAGUAGAAUAACACUGCCAAGUUCAUGGAGUUGUUAGGAUUGAAUGAGUCAGGCAUCUGGGGCAGUGAUUCUGAACUGGUCUAAGAAUCACCAGAGAAACUUGUUGAAAAUAUGAUUUCUGGCCCCACCACCAGUCAUUUAGUACUUCUGGAUGGAUCCCAGAAACCUGUCUAACCACCUCCACAGGUGGUUCUGAUGUCCCAUGGUUCUCUGAUCACAUUCUGAGAAACUGACCUAGGACAUGCAAGGUGACCUAGUUUAGUAUGCAUUAAUUCUUUCUCAGAGCCUAUGGGAGGGACAGUGGGGAUCAUGGGGCUGGGCUUACAAGUACAUCUGCUUACUCUCCGGGUGACUGUAGCCUUGAUGGAGAAGGAAGGUAGGUCUGGAGAUGGGGACAUGUUAUGAAAGCUCAGAAUGGGUGUACUGAGGGCCAUUGACUUGGAGUGCUGGCACCAAGGUUGGGGGACACUUGGGGUCACGGGUGUGUUGGUGUAUUGCAGUGUUGGAUGUAACAUAUUGUUGAAGGGAAUGGGGUCCGAGUGUACCUGGAGGGGAAGGAGCGAAGAGGAUGGGGUGGGGGACAUUUGCACUUUCUUGGGGGACCGGAGAUGGAGGUUUGUUAUAUCAUCGCGGGGCCAAGAAGACAUAGCGAUGGAGACUGCGAUGCUCAUUGAAGCCCCGUGGGGGCAGCCGUGACUUGUGAUUUGUGAUGCGGCAUUGAACCCACGAUUUGCUUUUUUUUUUUUUUUUUUGGAGUAAGAGGGGAGGAGGAUGCUCCUUAAGAGCUUCUGGGGGGAACUUUCCUGUCCCCAGAGGGCAUAGGGGUAUAGGGGUGUGUGUGUGUGUGUGUGUGUGUGUGUGUGUGUGUGUGUGUGUGUGUGUGUGUGUGUGUGUGUGUGUGUGUGUG